AUGGGAUACCGGUACCUAAAGAUCCUAACUUUAACCCACAAAAGCGUUAUCGCGGAAUGGUUGAAAAUUGUAUCAUUCAAGGGGAUUUCACUUUUGAGCCUUUGGCGGUGCCGGGGGUUGUUAGACAGGGGAACCCUACCUGGGAACCAUUAGAUUGGAAAUUAGUCCAGUCAAUACAAAAGACUGUAAUGCAGUAUGGGCAUACAAACCAGUUAGUAAGGAAUCAAAUUUCAGCACUUAUUAGAUACACUGAACUAGUCCCCACUGAUUUGAAAGCAAUUGUGGAAUUACUCUUGUCCCCCACUACGUAUAUGUUAUGGAUGGCUAAAUGGCAGGAACAACUAGAGAUUAAACAAUUGGAAAAUGUUAACUUGCCCAGAGAUGACCUGCUGAGAGUGGUUACCCUUGAUGCUCUUAUGGGGACUGGGCGUUUUCGGGAUGUGGCAGCACAAGCAGCAUUAUAUACUCGUAUCUUGCAAUUGUCGAAAAAUGCUGGUUUGGCUGCAUUCCUUGCACUUCCCCAAUUGAAUGCACCUAACCCACUGUACACGAAAAUUACCCAGGGACCGAACGAGUCUUUUCUUGCCUUUGUAGACAGAUUGAGGGAAGCUAUCGAAGCUGCCCCUAAUGUAACAACAGAAUUAAAAGCAGUAUUAACCAAGGAGAUUGCCAUUCAGAAUGCCAAUGCUACCUGUAAACAAUUACUUUCAGGUGCUGAUGUUACCGUAAUUCCAGUUGCCUCCUGGCCAACGGCUUGGGAACUUGAAGAUCCUGGGUCAACCAUUUCAGGCAUUGCGGGGCAAAGCAAAACUCAGACGGUUCGACGAAGUGGACUCUGGCCAAGUGGAUCCGGCCUUGGAUAACAAGGGAUGACAAGUGGGCGAGUGAUGCUGAUCCCACGGAUUCCAUGAACACGGGUUGAAGACACAAAGCGAACUUUGUCGUUUGUAACUUAUGGUGAAAAGUAAUCAGCAAUAUGACUCUGAAUAAGGUUCGGAUGAUUUUGUAUAUAUGGACUUGCUUAACCUAACUGAGUAUUUUGAUUUGCAUCACGUAGAUCCUCAGGCCAAUGUAUGGCUCACAUGGGCAAAUCGUACGGGAACCACGGACUUUUGUCUGUCCUUAGCGCAGGCUGGUGACCCGUUUAGGACAUGCUUGAUCGGAUAUCCACAUAUUGAUUGGGACAACUUUAAGGAAUAUGGGGUAAAUGCAACAACUGUCAAUAGUACGUAUUGGGCAUGGAGAAACAAUAAUUUGGAGGGGGGCUGUCUGCAAAGUAAUGAUUGGCCCCUACACCAAGGAACUAUGUUCCAAAAAAGUUUGAUCGAGCAGCUUAACACAUCCAGUCCUCUGCCAUUUCAAGAAUUAGAAUUAUGGGGCUCUUUCCCUUCAGUUGAUGGUAAUUGGCUCAACAUUACCAACCGGACCAAUUGCACAAACAAUUCUCCACAGAUACUCCCAAUUAAUGGGUCAAGUGCCAUAUACUUUCAAUCAUCCUGGGAUAGGUGGCAAUAUCAGCAUGGUGAGACAAAUCUGUUUAUAGGAUACCAGAAUGUGUCAGGGAAGUCAGACCAUUGGAAUACAACUAGGCAUGUGGGUGAAGUAGAUGUGAUUGUUAUGGGUGGAGUGAAAUUACCCCAAGGUUAUUUUCUUAUUUGUGGGGAUCGGGCUUGGCCUGGGAUACCACAUCGCCCAGUUAGAGGUCCUUGCUAUAUUGUGAAGCUUACACUAUUUGCACCUCACAUAAGGGACGUGAUGACACGGCCAUACAAUAGGUCAAAGAGAUCCUUGCGUCAAUUAAAUCCAAAUUGUAAUGAUAAAGUAAAACUCAGCAGGCUAAGUACGACCGUAGCUUUGUCCUGGUUUCUACCCGGAGGAAUGGCUGCAAGUAAUCGGAACAGGAUUAAAAGAAGGCAGUAAAAUAAUUUAAUACUACUUCAGACAUUCUUUCUGGACUUACUAAUGAUGUAGAUAGCUUAAGACAUGCAGUACUACAAAACCGUGCCGCUAUUGAUUUCCUUUUGUUAGCUCAUGGUCAUGGUUGUAAGGAGUUUGAAGGAAUGUGCUGUAUGAACCUUUCAGAUCAUUCGAAAAGUAUUUAUAAACAAAUUGAGGAACUGCGUUAUAGAGUGAAAAAUGUGAAGGAAGGACUCAGUGGACUGGAUGCGUGGCUUACAUCUCUGGGAAUCACAGGAUGGUUAAGGGACUUGUGUAAACAAGGGGUUACUAUUUUGAUAUUUGUAUGUGUUUUGCUAAUGGUUAUCCCAUGUAUUUUACAGUGCGUUCAAAAUUGUUUGUCGCAAAGCCUUGAUGCAUUGCUUAAAAAGAAAGGGGGAGGUGUUGGGGCCUUAGCGAUACUGAAUGAAUAUCAGGAAUUGUGAACCAAAGCCAUGAGCUAAACUAAAGAAUACAGUUGCAAUUUAAGUUAGCAGAAAAGUAAGAAAAUUUGGAUGGGAAAAUGCUGAUAACAGGAAUCAUACGCAUAUAGUAUCUUUUUAGGCUAACCAAUCACUUAAGGACUAAGGGCGCGUGGACAACGUGUGCUACCCAAUCAAGCUUGCUCUAUCUUGCGUGCUCGGAGCAUGAUCGUGUGUACAGGAGAACAAAAAGAAUAUAUAAGAACGCAGCCUGUUGAAUAAAGUGGGAUUUGAACUUGCA